ACUGAAAUCAUAGCUGACAUAUUAUAUUCUACAAUUUUUCUGCUUAAAACUUCUACAGUUUUAAGCAGAAUUAUUUUAUAUUUAUUUGAAUAAAAUGAAUCCAGAUGAAAUUCAUGAAGACAUUGAAGGAGAAGCGGAGCCAGAACCAGAAUCAAGUGAAUUCGAGGUUUGCGCCCGUUUAGUUCUAACUACUACACAGAAAAAUGAUCUACGUGAAGCGUUUAACCUUCUCGACUACUCCGGCGAUGGAAAAAUAAAGGCUGAAGAUUUUCGUGUGGCAAUCAAGGCUCUAGGCUAUGAACCAACUGGUGAAGAAUUAUCGAAGAUGAUAGCAGGCGUUGAUAAAGGACAGACGGGAAAACUGAGUUUCGAGAAUUUUGAAGCGGCUAUAAUGAGGAAGAUAAUGUCAUUGGAUAGUGAUGGUGAUAUCAUGAAGAGUUUUCGCCUCUUUGAUAUGGAUGACUGUGGUUUCAUAAGUGCUGAGAAUCUCAAAAAGGUCACAGAAAUUUUGGGUAUCAAUUUAUCUGAUGAAGAAAUUGAAGAAAUGAUUGAUGAUGCCGAUAAAGAUUAUGAUGGAUAUAUAUCUGUGCAAGAGUUUAUGAGACUGAUCAAGAAUUCUGUUGAAAUAGUCACGCCUUGAAACGAAGGGGAUUUCAUUCAAUCUCCUGGAAUUAUAUAAAUAAUAAUAUAAUAAAUAUUAUAUCGUA